AAUGGCGGAUAAUAUAAAAUUUGUCUCGUAUUUCCGAAAUUCUGGUAAACAUUUGAAGUAAAAACGUAAACCAUAAUGUGUAUCAAACCAGCAAACAUAAACGUGCUUAUUAUUGAAAUCCUUUUACGAUUCCAAAUAUAAAAACUUGUAUAAAGAAGGAAUAGUUAUUAGAUUGUUGGAUAAGAACAUCAAGCUGAUGACGAUUACUUUUCUGAAUAAGAUUAAGAUCUUCUCCCGACACGUUGGAAUGAGACGGAACAUACGCGCGCUCCGACGGUUCGAGAAAGACGGACCGACGAAGUGAUGGGGAGGGAGCGACGCAUAGUUUGGUGUUUCAGUGUUUGGUUACAUGUCGACAGUCGGUGCGGUGCACAACAAAUGGUCGACAUGUUUCAUCAACGAUGCGGUCAUCGAGUUACUUUAACAAACAACAAUUGUACAGCCAUACGCGACUUCUCCGAGUACAAUUACGGACUGGUACUCAGCGCAGAGCCGCUCAAGGAUGGAGAACUUUUCGAAGUCCGCAUCGACAAAAAGAUGACAUCGUGGAUCGGUAGCAUAGAAAUUGGCGUUACAGAAUGUGAUCCAGAAGUGAUAGAAUUGCCUGCCUGUGCUACUAGUCUUUUUCAAGGAACAUGGAUUAUGACCAACUCUGGUAUUGUCCAUGAUGGAACCAGAAUGGUAGAGAUGUAUGGAAUGGACCUCAGCACCUUGGAAGAAGGCAAUACCCUAGGUGUACUAAGGACAUCCAAUCACGAGCUGGUAUUUUAUAUCAAUGGUAUCUCUCAAGGUGUAGCUGUGACCAAUAUACCAGAACGCAUUUUUGCAGUUGUAGAUAUGUAUGGUGAUUGUGUACAAGUGACUAUUAUUCACCCACAAAUUACCCCUGCUCUGUGUAAUGAUCCAAAAGAUGAAGUAUUAAUCAAUAACGACUAUGUCCUUGGAGAAGCAUCCAAUUCCUCCACAACUAAUCUAGUCGCUAAUCUGAAUGUUAAUUUAAAUGUUAAUGUGAACGUUAAUUUACCUAAGAACCCAAGUCUUGCUGCCAUUAGAGAGGAUAGACUGAGGUUUCACGAGAGAGUCGGAUCUAUGGUGAAACUUUCGAACAAUGCCAGAACCGCCGAGAGGAGAAGACCUUUAAAUGAAUUUAAUAACGGCGUAGUAAUGACUCACAGGCCACUGAGAGAUAACGAAUUGUUUGAGGUACGAAUCGAUAGGCUCGUGCACAAGUGGUCGGGCAGCAUAGAAGUUGGAGUAACCAUGCAUAGUCCUACAGCAUUAGAAUUUCCAGCAACGAUGACCAACAUGCGCUCAGGAACGACAAUGAUGUCCGGCUGCGGGAUUUUAGUAAAUGGAAAGGGCACGUGCCGCGAAUAUGGACAAUUCAAUCUGGACGAGCUGAUGGAAGGCGACAGAGUAGGCAUGGUACGAGGAAGCAAUGGAAAUCUUCAUUAUAUAAUUAAUGGUCUGGAUCAAGGAAUCGCAGCCAAGGUUCCUACAGGUGUAUGGGGUGUCAUCGAUCUCUACGGCAUGACAGUGAAAGUAACGAUCGUGGAUCGUGAUGAAAGAGAGGAACAAAAUCUGGUUACUAGAAGAAACACAUUGCAACUUCAGGAUUUGAAUGAAACAGAGGAGGAACCACCAGAUAGGCUCAUGUUCCACUCGAUUUGCGGUACACACGUAGAAGUAAUUAAUAAUGGCCGCACUGCGCACAGACCUAAUGUAAUGGAUGAUUUCUACAACGGGGUUGUGCUAACAUCGAGGCCACUUAAACCGAACGAGUUGUUCGAAGUCAGGCUAGAUAAGAUCGUGACGAAGUGGGCUGGUUCUAUCGAAAUAGGAGUUACCACACAUUCUCCCACCGAGCUGGAAUUCCCGUUCACAAUGACAAACGUUAGAUCCGGCACAUGGAUGAUGACGGAAAAUGGGGUGAUGCAUAACGGAACUGCAAUAAUAGAUCAGUACGGACAGAAUCUCGACCGACUGCAAGUAGGAGAUCGUGUCGGUGUCAUGCGAAAGGAUAACGCAACCCUGCAUUUUUAUGUAAACGGUGCCGACCAAGGUGCCGCAGCCAUGAACAUGCCUGAAAGAGUUUAUGGUGUAAUAGAUCUCUACGGGCAGGCGGCGCAGGCAACAAUUGUAGACAAUACGGAUUUCUACAGUCCCACCACGAACAAUUCAAGUUUCAGCAAUACAACUUUGUAUAGCGAUUUAAGGUUUCAUCACAUACACGGCAAGAAUGCGAAAAUUAUAAACAAUGGAUUAACUGCUCUAAGGCCUAGAGCGCUGGGGGAAUUCAAUGAAGCGAUCGUGAUAGCGAAUCGUGCACUAAGGGACGGUGAAAUGUUCGAAGUGACCAUCGAUAAAAUGGUGGAACGGUGGACAGGAGCUAUUGAAGCGGGCGUUACUGUUAUAAGACCUGAUGAAUUGGUGUUUCCAUCCACCAUGACAGACAUUGAUCACGACACAUGGAUGUUAUCUGGAUCGAACGUUAUGCGAGAUGGUGUCACAGUGAGAAACAACUACGCCUGUGAUUUAGACAAGGUAGUGGAGGGUAAUAGGAUUGGUAUGAUGCGGUGUUCGGAUGGUAGCUUGCAUUAUUAUUUAGAUGGGGUAGAUCAAGGAGCUGCUUGUACUGGAUUACCGCCACACGUGUACCCUGUGAUUGACCUGUACGGUCAAUGUGUUCAGGUGACCAUUGUACUGCCAGAACGCAGAGAUCCCAUAACGCAACAGUAUUUACCAUCUGAGAACAGUAUUAGUCAACAGCCUACUUCUGUGAUCCAGCUGCAAGCACAGACCGAGAUCAUGCACAAGUUUCACGAAUCUGUCGGCUUGAAUAUUCAAUUAAACAGUGAUAGAACUGUGGCGACCAGGUGUAGGGAGUACAAUAAUGCUGUACUGUUGAGCGAGACUGCGUUAGAGAACAACGAAAUAUUCGAAAUUGCGAUCCAAGAAGUUGCCAGAGAGUGGAGCGGUUGCUUAAAAAUAGGCGUGAUCAAUAAUGAAAGUGGUAACUGGUUAACAUCCAUGAACCUCGUGCCUGGUAUGGGCUCCAUUCCAUCCGAUGCUUGGUAUUUGACAGGCAACGAAGUCCGACACAACGGAUAUGUACUCUGCAUGAAUUACUGUCCAAGCUUGGAAUGGCUACGCGUAAACGAUAAAAUAGGAGUGAAACGCACCCACGAAGGUAACUUGAAGUUAUACAUAAACGGUGAGGACAUGGGGGUGGCUGCGUCGAAUAUACCGGAAGGUGUGUAUGCUGCCAUCGAACUUUUCGGCACCACCAUGGCUGUGAAUAUUACCAGCACCAAGCAACAGAACCAGGCUGCGGUCUCGCCGAAUGCCAGCUUGAGACUGCAGGAUUCGUUGGAGUUGCUGCUAGAUCCUAUGCCGCCGGUGCUACGAAACGAUGCUGGAAUGGACACGUCGAUGGAUGUAUCCGAGGGAAAGUUGGCAAAUGAAGCGACACUCACCCCGACGCAGCCCGUUGUUGUACAUUCGAUAGGCGAGGCCGAUUGGAACUACGAGUUCCAUGAGAAUCACGGAAGGAACAUACAGUUGGAAUCAAAGAUCACUGCACGACGGGUAGCGAGCUACAACCAAGGUGUCGUAAUGUCCAGUCGUCCCCUGAUAAAGGGUAAACCAUUCCUAGUAAAAGUAGAGAAACUAAACGAACGGUGGGUGUCGAACAUUCUCUGCGGGGUAACUUGCAUCUCACCGGAAAAGGCGAACUUUCCUCUGACAGCGCUUGGCUUCAAAAAGCACUCGUGGAUUAUUUGCAGCGAUUGGAUAUCGCAUAACGGUGUCAGGGUGAAAACGAAAUACGGCGCCGUGUUGGAGAAUCUCCAACUGAAUUCGGUGGUAGGUUUGUUCAUCGACGAAGAGAAUAGGUUACGUUUAAUCAUUAACGGCAUAGACCAAGGAGUCGUCGCGACGGACCUACCACCCUACGUCUAUGUUGUCUUCGAUCUGUACGGCCAGUGCGAGCAGAUCUCUGUCGUCGGAAAUAAUGCUGAGGCGUUCUCCUCGGCUCCUGUGGACAACACUGCGUCUGUAACAUCCAUGGAGACGAUCCGAGCUAAAAUAGAAGAUACAGAGAACUCUAGAGAAAAGGCUGACCUAGAGUGUCACGAGAAGGAGAACAUAGUAGCAGCCGCAUUCUCAGAUUUUUCAUCCUCUACCUCGCCGAGCGUGUCCAGUCAGUGCAGCUCGAACGUCAAGGCAGACAGUAUCGUCGAGUACUCGGCGUUAAACAGCGACAAUGCACAUCUAGCGAAGAUUGAGAGCAAACCUGAUCCUGGUGCAUCCGAUAGCAGUAACAUGGAGGCGAAUGCAGACGCGAACGAGCCAAAGUGCGAGAGGAGCAAGGCGUACGAUAACUCAAAUCAGCUGAACCGUAACAGCGAAUGUACAAAUGUAGAGAUUAAUAAUGCGACUAACAUUAACAUAAAAAACGGCACCGCGAACAGCGCCAGCAACAUAAACAACUUGAACAGCAAUAAUGCGAUAAACGAAAGCAUAGCGUCCAAUAGCCAAGGGAACAAUCUAAGCGCUACCCAUCAGAUCAUGUUGAGUUCGUCGCAGAUAUUCUCCUCACAAAAUACUCUAAACAACGCUACGUCCGAUAUCUCAAACACCGUUUCUUCUAGCUUGAACGAGAUACGCUCGAACAUUGCUUGGAGCAAUGUCAUCGAGAAGAACAGUAUCAGCGGGAACCCACCUCUGGCAGGACAGAAUGUUACCUCCAAUCACAGCGCCCUCACUUUACAGUUACUGCAGGCUCCGUCCACUCCCCUUGGAACGAACAUUAUGCCCCCGAAGAAAUGCGAGUAUUUGAAGGCCUGCACGAGACUGAAGAAGUCACUGAUUCUACCGGAGGAGUUCUUCUCUUUGGACGAUGUGUUGUGUUAUUGCAGCGCCUGCUACAAGGUUGAAGGGGACAGUGCAAUCUGCAAGAAAGGCGAGCCACCGGCGGAGUUUGCAGUACCUGUUGGUUGGACCAGAUUUCCGCUUAAACAAAACAUCAAUGCUAAUCAAAUUCCACAGAGUACCACGGACAAGUGGCAUGUUGCUUUCUAUGGGAUACGUUUAGAUGCCAUCAGACUGAUCUUGGAUACGGGGGAACUGAUGACGAAAGAACAGCUAGAUGUCAGUAAUUUGACAAUGAACAUGAAAACGGAGGACCAAAAUCCUCAAGUAGUGUUCUCCCCUAGUAUAAAGUAUGCCGCGUCCGAGGAAUUCACUAAAAAGUAUCCAUAUAUCGACACACAAUCGAAUAAAAAAUUGAAUGCAUCCACAGCGUUCCAAUUGCUGGUUAGACCUGGUUCAUAUACAAUCAGCUCUGGAGCGAAGGAUGCCAAUGAUCCACAAUUUGAGUCCAACAAAUGGGCAACCAAAGAAGCUGGGGCUACAGUCAUUGUGGCCCUUUUGAUUCACCUCGAUGGAUUUUAAUUUAGUCUCUAUUUUUCUCUCUUCUCGUUUUUCUCUCCGUCGCUCGCAAGGGAAGAUCCCUCAACCCCUCAUGACUAGGCCCCCUCUCUCCAAAGUAUCAUCGAAACUUAAUUGAUCUUUCAAAGCUUAAUUGUAAUUCCCCUUCAAGUGAAUUUGACUAACAUUAUAUUAUAUACCUUGCACACGCUAUUUGCAUCAGCCAAAUUUGAUAAUGUUUUCAAUUUCCUUGUUAACAGGAUGAAGACCUUCCCUUGUCUGUUUCACCUACUUCACCAACUUGUGAUUCGCUGCGAAAGCAGCGUGUUUGUUGCGAGGACAAACGAUUGUACAUAAGCAUGAAAUUACAUAAUAUAAUUACUGUAAGAUUUUUUAAGCUCGAUUUUGUAUCUUCAAUUAUUUCGUGUCGCGAAUCGUGUAUGUAUUAUAUAUUUCUGUUAAAUUCUUUUACGUGAUAUACUUCUUGGCGUUAUGAGCCGCGCCGGUAAGAGUAUAGUUUUCCUAUGAUCUGUUAUCGAAGUUUUCUCGGAUACCUUCCGUCUUACCUUAUCUUCUGCAUGCAUAGUAAACACGUGUAAUUUUUAUUAAUCGUCGAAUUAAAGCGAUUCGAAUCGCGAUAUCGGCUGGUUUCAGUAAGCAGUAGCAUGUGUAUCGCAUACAUAGCGUGUAUGUAUUAUGUUACACAGAGAAUGUAGCUACUGGCCUAGGUUCCCCUCUGACAAGGAUUAUGUCAAACAGGUUCGUUGAUUUAUGAAAGAAGCACCUUGAUCGUCGAGACUUAAGCCUAACGAAUACCAAAUCCUUAAGUAUUAGUAACCACAAACGAAGAAUCUCUCUCUCUCUCUCACUCUCUCGCUAUCUAUCUAUUUCUCUAUCUAUAUCUAUUUUUUCUUUCUUUACAAUGCACACCGUUCUGCAACGUCGAUUACAGAGACACAUUAAAUGUAUAAUGUAGAAAUAAAAUCUAUGCAAAUUGUAAAUUGCAAACUUAAGACUGUCCCUAGAGAAUUCCGUAACAGUAAUAUAAAUUGAGGCAACAGAGGAAAUAGCCAACAAUGUGUUUAAAUUUACAAAUCAAGUGUUUGUUUGUUUUGCAUUUUAUUUAACAUUUCUUCUUCUAAUCUUAUUUAUUUUUCAGUUUAAAAAACAAAUGAAAGCAAAUGCUCUCAAGUGUUACGCUUCAAGUAACUAUCUUCCUGAACAGAGACACAGAAUAUGGUUUCUGUGCUUUAAAAUAAAAAUAUCAGGAGAUGCUACAGGCAUUUAUACAUCGAGACAUUAAUUGUUAGAGUAGUGCUGUAACUUGACACACAGAUCUACUCUUGCCUAUAUCAAAAGCUUAAGAAACAAUGAAGCGCAGACUUGAGUGGGUCCUUUCUCUUCAUCCUCCGAGACGAUACUAAUAGUUCUCUUCCGGUUUCUAAACCCAAAUUCGGACAUUCUGGUCCCAGGAACAAGUAGCGACAGCCAUACCAUUUCCGGAGACGCUCAGCGAUGUCACCCGGUUCUCGUGACCCGACAUAACUCCUUCAAAAAUAGUGGAGCACACACCGUUGUAUUGUUUCUUCAACGUAUCCCAAAUGUGAAUGGAAUUGUCAUCGCUGCCACAGAAUAUAAAUCUACCGCUCGAGGAUAAUCCGCACGAUGUAAAUCCGGGGUUUCCGCUAGGAGGCUUGAACUCUGCUAUCUGCUGAUCCGAUCUCAAGUCCCACAACCUUGCCGUCUUGUCUUCUGAAGCUGUCACGAAAGCUUGUCCCGAUGGAUGAUACUGAAAAAUCAAUUACCAAGUUCCUAUCUAUGACCCGCAACGGUCUAAAUUGGAAUCUCAUGAUCCAUACUCACGCAAACAGAAUUCACGUCGGCUUCGUGACCAAAAAAGGUCUGCUUCGCGGUUUCCUCCCGUCAGCAUACAUUUUCAUAUCGCCAGACCCAGUGAUGAUUUUCUUGUCUUCCAAGAAUCUGCAGGAAGAGAGGAAACCCUCGUAGCCCAACAGCUCUCUAACUAUUUUGGCCGAGCCUGUAGCAUCGCGGUUGUUCACAUCGUAGAUGGUGCACAUGUUGUCCAUACCACCGCAGGCGACAAAGUUUCCUGACGGAGCAAAUGCUACCGACAUCACCCAUGCUGACCGCAGCGGGAUCACCUGGACUUUAUUGCCGGUCCACGAGUCCCAGAUGAUCAGUUUACCAUCUAACGAACCGGUCACGCAAUGCCUGAAAACCGGAGUAGACUUUUUUGCAGUAUGUCUAACUGUGAAGCCAGUAUCCGUGCCAGCGCGGAUCACAAUUGGAUCACGCUUGACUACACCGCGAAGGAGAGAAAUUGAAGGAUUAGGACUGACCUACUGUCGCCACUGAAAUGUACCGAAUUCACUUUAUUAAUGUGUCCCUUCAGUAACUUCUUUGUUGAUAAUUUCACCUUGGGCGCGUCUGCUACACCACUGCACACGUCCUCCAAGGUGGCGUCCUGUUGUUUCUUUUGAUCCUCCUGGUAUACAAGGAAGAAGAGAUCUUUUAACAUUCGAUGUAAUCAAGAAUCAAGUACCUUACUGCUGUAUAAUAUCGUUGUUUUAUAAACGCUACAGUGUUUCUAAUACAA